AUGAGUUCGACACUGGCUGCCGCCGUGGCAGCGUCCUUAGUUUUAUAUAGCAUUGCAUUGGUUAUCUAUCGCCUGGUCUUCCAUCCCCUCUCGAAAUACCCCGGACCUCGAUUAGCGGCCAUCUCGAACUGGUAUGCAGCAUUUUUCGCCUGGCGCAGGGACCUUCAUCUCCGCAUACGCAGCUGGCAUGAGUCAUAUGGCGAUUUCAUGCGAUUCGGACCCAACUCGGUCAGCUUCAAUACCCACACCGGCAUGGGCGUCAUCUACGGCGCCCAUGCCAACGUGCACAAGGCUGAGGGAUACGCCUCGAUGAGCGCUAGCCGGCGCACGCCCAACACCAUCACGGCCGUGGAUAAGACGGUUCACGGCUUCAAACGGCGCAUCAUGGGCCAGGUCUUCUCCGACUCGGGGCUGCGAUCCGUACAAGACCGUUUCCUGAUGAACAUCCGCGAUUUUACCGGUUUGCUGUGCUACGACGACCGACCCGGCGGUCCCGACAACGGCAACAAAGACGGCGGUUGGGGGCCGACAAAGGAUAUGGGUCAGAUCUGCGGCUGGCUAGCAUUUGAUAUCAUCAGCGGCCUCUGCUAUGACGAGGACUUUCACAUGUUGCACUCGCCCGAUCUGCGCUGGUUUCCGUCCGUCAUCCAAAAGAUCGGGCAGCGGACCAUGAUGUGCAUCGUACAACCCAAGGUGUUUGACUGGAAGAUUGACCGCGUUCUCCUGGCGACACAAUAUCGCGAAAUGCUGGAGGCCGGCAGUUGGAUUAGGCGGCGCGCAGUGACUCGCGCGCGUCUGGGCAACGAAAUCAAACAGAAAGACCUUUUCUACACGAUGAUGAACGCGACGGAUCCGAAGACAGGCCAGACUUUUACCCAGAAAGACCUGUGGCUGGAGUCGAUGCUUUUGUUGACGGCCGGCUCUGACACCACGUCCACGGCCAUGAGUGCCGUGUUCUUCUACCUAACUCACCAUCCGGACGCGCGGGCGCGACUGACGCAGGAAAUACGCACUACGUUCACCAACGAGGAGGAAAUCUGUAUGGGGUCGCAACUGAACAGUUGCGAGUUUUUGCGCGCCUGCGUGAACGAGACUAUGCGACUGAUCCCCUCAGUCUCGGGGGUGCCGCCUCGUAAGGUGCAGGCCGGUGGCAUUACCGUAGAUGGCGAGUAUAUCCCGGCCGGCAUGACGGUGGGCACUUCCAUCUACACCAUUCAGCGCAAUCCGUGCUAUUUUUUUGCCCCGGACGAAUUUCACCCAGAGCGCUGGAUCGUAGAACCGGACGCCGGUAUUGACCAGGAAAGCAUCAAAAAGGUCUGGCAAGCCUUCUGCCCCUUUGGCAUCGGCCCACGCUCUUGUGUUGGCUGGCGUCUGGCCUGGAUCGAGCUCAAUAUCGCUGUGGCGUGUGCUAUCUUUCUCUACGACAUGCGCCUGGCACCUGAUGCGCCUUGCUGCGGUGGGAAUUUGACAGGAUGUGACUACGGCUUCAAGGGUUGGAUGGCCUCUGCCGUCGAGGGGCCAUUGGUGCAGUUCCGGCCGCGCCACUCUUGA